GUCGCUCAUGGUCUUCUUCGGGGUGUGCGAGCUGGUGCCGUCGGCGGGGGGCCUGGCGCUGGCCAACGCGGCGCUGUACCGCCGCGACUGGGGCCAGCUGCGCUACGCCGGCCUCCUGCUCGUCCAGUGGUGGCAGAUCUUCGUCCUCCCCCGCCAGUGGCACGCCGGCCGCCCCGUCGUCGCCGGCCAGCUCGUCGCCUGCCUCUUCAUGGUCUGGUUCUACAUCGCCACCAGCGACCACUGGCGCUGGUGGGAGCCCCUCGCCGUCAGCACCGUCCUCCUCAAGAUCGUCUUCCCCUGGUGAGAGCGGUCGGGGGAACGAAAGCCCUGCCGCCCCCUCCUCCUCAUCCUCCUCCUCCU